AUGUCCUCUGGACACUCCGAGAUGGAGCUGCCUCCUCUAUCUAUCGAGCAGCUCUCAAAGCUCGCCGUGUCAAACGUGUCCCCGUCACAGCUCUAUGGCAUCCUUUCUGAGUAUGAGACAGAUGCUAGACUAGUAGGUGUAGGCAGUGGUAGUCCAGAGACAGGAAGUGCCGACCCAGAGCUACUAAGCCUUUUCUAUGCCAACUUCUUCUUCGCCCACCUUCUCACCAAACAAAUACCCGAAGCCCGAGCCUUAACUGAACGAAUACCAUCGAGCAUACGCCACCAAGACCCUUCCUUACAGAACUGCCUCACUCUUUUACGGGCGAUUUGGCAAGCAGAACAUUCUCAGGUUUACCAAGCUAUUCGAAACCUACCUUGGCCCAAGUCUCUACAGCCGUUAGUGCAGAGAUAUGAAUGCUUCUUUCAAGACCAGACCUUGAUUGCCGUCAGUACUUCAUAUGAGGCUAUCCGGCUUCCAACAGCAGCGAUGUAUCUGGGACUUGAUACAGCUGCCGCAGAACGAGGAGAUCCAACAAUAGUACAAAAGUUCACAGAUUGCGGAUGGAAAUGGGAUUCUGAGACUAAGCUGCUACAUCCAGUUCCGAUCAUUGUACCAUCCGUUGAACCACAACCCUCCAACGGAAUUCGAGAUGCAAUGGCAAUGCUGGGAAAUCGUGGAUGA